AAAAUAGAAUUUUUGUUGCAAGGUUUAUUGAUUUUUAAGCCAUUAUCAGUUAAAUAUAUUAUUUGUUGUUUCUACAACUGGUAUACACUUAGGCAGUCUACAAAACAGGUUAUAAAAUCUGAGAUUAUCAAGAACAUUUGUCAAGGUAUAGACAUAGAUAUAGAACAAAGAUCUUCAGCACACUGAAAAAGUGUAACAAAAACUAAAAUCAUGGCGAACAAGAUGGGAGCUCCCAAAUCUGGGACAAGGGUUGAAUACCCAAACAACCCGGACUUUGAAAAUCAGCGCCCUUUCUCCCAGGACUGGUUAAACUCCUGCUAUCAACAGACCCUGCUUCCUGAUGCUCCCUGGCACAAGAUGGAACAUAAAAUAGCUUUAGGAUUGGCAAAGAAAGUAUCUAAACAGUUCAAAAACCCAGAGAGGAAAGAAGCUUUGUUGGAAAGUCUAGGCAAAAUGUUUGUCUCCAGCUACCUACCAGAUGUGGAACCCAAUCCCCAGAUUCUGAAGCCUCCAGAUAUGGAUCCUAAGGAGAAGGCAAUCUUAAUGAAGGAAGCUGAGGCCUACCUGACAAGUCAGCUGUAUAAGUGUGUUAGGGAAGAGGGUUACGGGGACAUGCUGGCCAGCACAGAUGGAAAAGCUCCAAAAGGGGAAUAUGCAGAGUUCUUACAGCAAUGCUUCAAUGUGUUUCAUAAAGGGCUGGACCGAGAACUUUACAUUCAGGAGUUGGAUCUCUCAAGAAAGAAAGUGAAAGAGCUGCAAACAGAUUCUCAGUUGAGAAAAAUGGUGAAACCAAGCCGAGUGAAACCAUCGACUACCUCCUCCUCUUCCUCUCUUUCUUCCACACCUAGCGACAAACCCAACUCUGCGGCCAUUAGAACGAUGGUACAGAAAGUUGAGGGAGACCCUCCUCCAUUGUGGGGAGUCCAGAGUGAUGCCAUUGGUCAAGCUGUCAUGGCCAUCCUAGAAAGAGACCCACGCAAGUUUGACCAUGUUGCUGGUAGAAUGCAUGGACGACAAUUGCCUGGAACUCUCCGCGCUCACAUGUGGGCAGAUGUGUUGUUUAGGGAAGAGCGUAAACGUCUCUCUGAAGGUAACCUUGAGAGGGUGUUACGUGAGCGUUUUGCCAAAGCUGUGGCUAGAGGAGUACAGGACCUGAGGAUCACACGAGCCACUAACACACCCAUUGCAGGCCUCAUAGAAAAUGCUGUUGUUGAGACAUAUAACAAAACAACUGGUAUGGUGGCAUUUCGGACCACUGAACACAUGAUUGAGUCUAGCCGCACGCUCAAUGUUCUCUAUACGUUUGACCGAAGCUACGAGCCUUACCUUAUACACUGGCUGUUCCCUCUUCAGGUCUGCUUUCAACAACCCUCCGAAAAACCGAAAGAAAAAGGUCAGCAUGUCUAUGAGUUAGCUAUGUACUUGGAUCUUCUCAACAAUUCUUGCUUCCCAACGUGGAUCCAGGUGUUUGCGAUUGCAGAGACAGUGAUGAAUAUACUGAGUCAGACUGACCCCGAUAUGUACACCCACCUUAAGGCCAUUGCCACCACUCAUGUCAAGAUCAACAAAAAGGAGUUCCUUGUCCAGUUGAUCAGUGUAGAGAAGGCCAAAGCGGAAGAGCUACUAAAGGCCACACCAGGAAGUAAGCGAGAAGAAAGCAUGAACUCUGAACUCCUCGCUGACCCCCUAAUCUUCCUCCGACGCUGGAUAGGAGAGGGCUUUGUCAGUGUUCUGGACACACCUGGUAUCAUGUAUGUGUGGGACCAGUGUUUCCUACAGGGUUGGCAGCCAUCUGUCCUCCAGAACUUUGCCAUGGCCAUCCUGAUGUUGCUGAAACAUAAGUUUAUGAAGGCCAGGGACUAUACUAGCAUGAAGGAGGUGUUUUUCUUUGAGCCAUGUAAGUUGUACACAGUUGAUAUUCAAAUGGCCUGGAUCCACCUGGAGAGUGGAAAAGACCUCAUGGAGAUUCCCUACCUGAACCGACAGCGUCCUGUGACGCCGGCUUCACGUCUCAGUGGAGGUGUUUCCAUUGCCAGUCCUACUGUCCCUGGCUUCCUUCCACCAUUUGGUAUGAAGGAUGUUAGCUUAAAACUUGUUAUACCAUCAACAGCUGUUUCAAAGGAGUCAUGGUUGAAUUACUUGAAUGCUGCAGACCUAGUUCUGCAUGUAUCAAUCUACUUUGGCAGUAUAAAGCUCCGGUCACGUAUGUCCAUGCACCCUGCCUACACUGCAGUACAAACAAAAGAUGUGUACAAAAAUCUGCUGUAUGAGAUUCACUUUCCCCAGGACAAGUUUGUUUAUGAGAGUAUCGACAUUUCUCAGUACGAUGUGGAACGUGAGCUUGGAGCCCACCCUUAUGCCCUACUGAGGGUGGAGUACAAGAAACCAGCCUCUAAAAAAUCAGAUGCCGCUACUGUCCAGCUGGGCUGGGCACGUGUGCCCUUGUUUUACCGGGACUCCCUAGAUGGGCGGACAUCAACAGACUCUGUAGAUGUACAAUGGACAUUACAGGCAGGAGAAAACAAACAUUCCAUUCACUCUGGUGAAGUGCCUGACAGCCUCAUCUCGACUGUCCCUCAGACACCAAAGGAGAAACCGGAGGGUCUGCUUGGAUACAGCUCGGAGCUUGGUGCGGUGGUUUAUGAACCUAAACAUGAGCCCAAGUCCAAGAAGAAAGUGGAAGAGGUUAAAAUCAUCACUCCUCCACCAGAGACCCCAGUCGAGGUUGAAGAGGUAGAGGAAGAGAAGAAAGAGGAGGAGGUUAUCAAGACUCCAGAUGAACUGCUUGAUCCUUGGGUGGAAUACAAUCCAUUUGCAUCUAGGAAGGAUCCAGAACCAACAGGUCUCAACUCCAGAUUUGAUCUGUAUAUUGAUGCUGUCCACUUUAUACCUGACAAUGCUUCCAUUAUUAAGGUCACUGGAAUCAUAGGGGCACCAGACAUGACCAAAGUGUUACUGGCACUGCCAGACCUUAAAAGUUCAGCUCGUAGUCCAAGAUUUGUGUUCAGACUGGAAUUUAAUGAAGAGGAGAAGGAGUUGAAUCCACAGAUGGUGGCCUUCCUUCGUGUCUAUACCUACGACAUCUUCGCUGAAGAAAUAUCAGUCAUAGGCAGUGUGUUUGUACCAAUCUUCAAUAAAGGAAAGCUGAAUGUGGGCGGACAUCAGUUACGACUACGAAAUGGUCUACCAAAGAACAGAGCAAGGUACAAGGUGACAGAUUUGGACCAGUUCAAGGUCGUGCCUGCUUCCUCCAUUCUGGUUCGAAUCCUGCCACAUGAACAGGAAUAUAUUGAUGCUCCAAGGUAUGGUAUAGGCUAUUAUCAUUCUGAACCAGCUCGACCAACCAUCACAGAUGAGAGAAUAUUUGCCAGUUAUGCUGACCACAUGAACUACCCCAAGACAGAAACGCACAUGAUACAACGGCUACAGAGCUCUCAAGGAUUCCCACUUGGUGAAACUGAUGAAGAACUUCUUGGUUGGCUCCAAGCCAAACUAGAUAUCAAGAAAGUGGGUCCGAAAUUCACUGCUGGUAAUCUUCCUCUGGAUGCUAUGGUCAGAUAUCGUAUUAAACAAGGACUGAGAGUUCGGGUAAACAGAUUGUGGGGACUGCCACCUAUAGAUAAUCUGUACACCCAGUGCUAUUGUAAGAUAGAGCCGGGAGAAAAGGUGAGAGGAAUGCCACUGACAGCAGAAGGACAUGGUGGAGAGGAACGCUUCCUCACCAACAAGAUUGAUUUCAACAGCCUCAUGACAGAUCCAAAAUGGAAUGAUGAUGUUCGAAAUCUGAAGCCGCACUACGACACCAACUCAGUGUUAAUGAUCCAGAUAUUUGGUGUAACCAUCAAGUACAAGGCUUUAGCUGACCAUAAUUCUGCUGGCAUUGUUAGAACUCUUCAGGGGGAGGACUUAGUGGUGACUGAUGACCAGAUCUUAGGCUGGACUGCCAUGCCAUUGUUUGAAGCGAAUGCAGUACUGACAGGCGUACAUGAGUUGCCAGUAUUCCGAGGCAAACCUCCAGAGGGAAUUAUUGAAUCCUUCAGUAUUCAUCCUAUCAACGAAGUCAUUGAGAAGUGGAAGUGGGACAAGAAGAGCUUAAGGAUUCCUUGGACGAGCAUGACUGUCACAUUAUGGGAUGGUCAUUAUGACUUUAAUGAUCUCCCCUUCCUACCGACAUAUGAAGAUUUGCUGAAGAUUGCUGGAAAUUUGGAGGCCUACAAAAAGUCCAGAGAAAAUCCAAAAGGCUCAAAGAAUGUUUCAAGUCUGGUCCUUGAAGGUCUGGAGGGUCGCUAUCGGCGCCAGGGUAUAGAGGGAGAAAUGUACCAGAAAGAAAAGGUCUUCUUCCAAGACCUCAUGAACAACACUAUGAGCUACUUGAUUGAACAAUACACUACAUCAGAUACCAAAAAGUAUUUUUAGACCCAGAAGGAUGAGUACCUAAUGGGAGAAGGUGAACCUCCUCUUUAACAAGACAACCUCAUGCUCAUUAAGGAUUAGCCUCAAUAUGUCACAUGCCCAAUAUGGAUCAGUCUCAGUGUAGUAUAACCUGAUCAGGAUCAAAAUCAAUAUGGCAGACCCCCCAAUCAGGAUCAACCUCAGCCAUGAGGUGACACCUUACAGGUCUCAGUAAAGUCCGGGAGUGGAUAUUGUUGGAAUAUUGCCAAACCAGUUUUUAUAUAAUGACUUAAAGAUGUAACAAAACUCCAUGGAUCUUUUACAUGAACUAUCAGCUAGAUGGACCUUCAAUGUUGCUGUGAAAAACCAAACUACCUAUACCUUCAUUACACAUUUUUUACAUCUUGUAAUGAUAAGGUAAUCUGUAUUGUUUAUUUAACAAUGUGCUUUUGUUGUAAAUUUUGUGGUAGAAAUACAAUGUGCUUGUGGUAGAUACACAAAGACUUAUUUUCCAAUAUGAUUGGUUUGUAUAAUUGUCUACAUUUACGCAUGGAUUGCCUCCCCUGACAUCAUGAUACGCACAUGCUCAUGACAAGAUCCUGACUCCUUUGUCUCAGAUCAGGGUCAGAGUUAAGCUUCCUGUCAGUGGAGGACUGCCUCUGUGAGGAGAGAACACAUUAGACAUCCUGUUUAGAUAAAGCCCUUGUGCAUAGAUAAAUGGGAAAGAGAACAAAGUAACUCUUUUGGUUUGUUAUUUUGUUUACUUUUUUUUGUGAAUGUUGUUGUAGCAGUGUCUUUAGUUUACUGACUAUAAUAUAAAUCUGAAAUGUUCGUCAGAUGUCAAAAAUAUUUGUAGAUCACUAAAUUUAGUUUCAGAUAUGUUUAUAUUUAUUGCUGUGAAACAUCAUUGGUUAAAACAUUUCUUUUUUAGAGCAGAGAUUUUCAGUUGAGGUAUUCAGACUCUGUUAAACAGUUUUGCUGGUAUGAAGACUGACAAACCAAACUGUUUGAUAUUUAAUGUUUCAUUAUAUCAUUAAAGUCACAAAUGUUUCUUCAGAAAAUAUUGUAUCUACCUGUAGUUAACCCAGCAUGAUGGGACUCAAAUUCUUACAGUCAGGAGAUGGACUUCAAUAUAGCACAAUAAUGAUAUGGAAUGGUUUAUUACCAGGCAUUGUUUUAGAUAAGGAAUAUCAAACGAUAAAAGAAAAUUUCUCGUCUUUGUUUCUCAUUGAUAUAUUUUAUUUAAGGACCAAACGAUGUGAUUUUUAUUACAUUAAUAGUUUCUGUGUUGUGAUAAAAGUAUGGUAGGAUUGUGUUGUUUGAGGUGUGCUAAGAUUACUAAUUCAUGUCUGGAGUUGCAGCUAGGUCUCUUUGACUUUUCCGUUCUAAUGAAUGGACAUGAAAAUUUGAUGGAGAAUGGGGGUACAAAGAAGAACCUGAUUUAAUUUGAGAAUAUCAUUUAAGUACUGUUUAUAAUGUCAAAAGUUUAUGUAACACAACAUUACAAGUUGUAAUACAAGUUAUAACAACACAAAUCUGAGGAAGCAGUAUUUUGAGGAGUGAUAGUGUCACCUGGUACAAACCCAGGAAAUGUUUAAACUCAAAUCAAGGAAACUUAUUGUAUUAAAAUAACUACUUACUGUGUUCAUUUUUCAACCAAGUAUAAUUUUCACCAUACGUUAAGGUUAUCUGACAGUUUUUGAGAAGAAGUGAUUUUAUACAUAUGUAUUACUGUAGUAAUUAAACUCCUGAUAACUUGUUUAGAUUUACUGCUAUAGAACGUUGGUGUUAUACAAACACUUACUUGGCUCAUUGUAAAGACAUCAUAUACCAUUUUACACAAGUGUUACUGAGUGACUGUUAUGUUUUCACCUUGCAUCAGGAAAGAUAGGAAUUAUUUAGAAGUUAGUUUGAAGUUAGUUUUCCUGAACAUUCAUUUGGAUUUGUUUAGCUCUCCUAGUCAGAGGAACUGGUCUUGGCCCCCUGCAGUAGAAGGGUUCAGGGCCCAAUAUUAGAAAAGGAGCAAGUUGUCAAAAGUAUUGUAACUAUGAUUGGAUUUUGCCCAAAUUUGGUCUGAAGCAUCCUUGGGUGAAAUGAAUAAAUUUUGUAUAAACAGUGAGUCCUAUCCUCUCUGAGGAGGGAGUAGUGGGGCCCAAUAUAGGAAAUAGAUCGAAAAUCUUCAAGAUGCUUUCAUUUAUAGUUUAAAAAAGUAACUUCAUUAAACUAAACCAGGUGAGUGAUACAGGCCCUGUGGGGUUUCAUUUUUGCUUCCAUUAAGUACAAAUCCAUUUUGUAAAUAAAUGUAAUUGUAUUUACCGCCUGAUCUUCUUUUUAUAAAACAGUUGAAUUAUAAACAAGAUGUUGUUAGAGAACACUCUGAACUGUAUUAACUUAUUAGUACAUGUAUAAUUUACCAUUUACAUUUCACAAAUUUACCAUUUACUGUUAUAAUGUUGCUGUGAAGUUUAUUGUCUAACAUGUACAUUACUAUUGAGUGUGUUGAUAAUGUCAUUUGUGUCAUUUCUGUCACUAACAUCUAUUUUGACAAAGUCGAGGACUUAAAGCUAUAGAUGAUAGGUUUACAAAGAUAGUCACUAUAACCACAACAUCUGAGUGCCAUCAGUUAGGUACAUUACAUAGAGGUGAUGUAUAAAGAAUUCCAUUUGUGUUUAUAUAUAUAUAUAUAUAUAUAUGGAACAGGUAGAAUCUCACCUGUACA